UCGCCUGCGUAAAACCUGCGUCAUCGGUGCAUUGGUGUCUUUUGAUGUUUCUUCAAUUAACAUUUACGAUUCUAAUCGGAAACCACAGAUACAGCCACGAGAGAUGCCGAGAUCACCUACUAAUCCAGUGGUUCUGGUGGUGUUGGUUGCGCUGCGUCCUUCUCUGCCCGGUGCGUAAAAGAGAACCAUGCUUUGGGGCAGCACCGGCAGGCUCCACACACAUUGACAAACAGAAGCAAGACGGCGAGUGAGAGUGAGUUUGUGGAAGAAAGUGUGUGGGAGUGUGGGAGGGUGGUAGAGCCCUCCCCCCGCCAAAUGUCUCGAUGGAUCCACUCCUUCAUAACCCAACUCUUUCCCAACCUUGCGCAGAUGGCCAAAGUGUCCAAACCGGACUGUGAAUCAGCUGAACUGGCCACAGAAUGACAAGGUGAGAGCAGAUUAGACAUUUAACUCUUCACCCACUGCAUUGUUUCAUUUAGUGUGUAGUUUAAGUCAAAGUAGCCAAACACCGUCUGGCGAUAGGGCGCUUGGCUUCAUGUGAAUGUCUGCCGGUAUCCCAGCGCACAGCGCUGGUGAUGCCAUGCCGAGAAGUCACACCGGCGACGACAGCGGCGGCACCGGGCUCUGGCUGAAGACCUCAACGGGACGCCGGGUGCAGGACUACGCACUGAAAGAUGUGGAGUCCGGUAGGAGGACGAUGAACAACGCGGUGCGAGUCGGGGACGGUCUCUUGUCUCCCACCGCUGCAGGUGCGGUGGGCACCGAGAGGAAGCAGGGCGCCCGGCUCAGCCUGCUGGGGAAGCCGCUGAUCUACAGCGCGCAGAGCGGCCGCCGGAACGCGCGGUAUCGGCGGCUCCAGAAUUACCUCUACAACGUGUUGGAGAGACCGAGAGAAUGGGCUUUCAUCUACCACGCUUUUGUGUUCAUCCUUGUCUUUGGAUGUCUGGUUCUCUCAGUUUUUUCCACAAUCCCUGCUCACCAGGAAUUCUCCUCACACUGCCUGCUCAUCCUGGAGUUUGUGAUGAUUGUAGUGUUUGGUCUGGAGUACAUCAUCAGGAUAUGGAGCGCUGGCUGCUGCUGCCGCUACCGAGGCUGGCAGGGACGCCUCCGCUUUGCCAGGAAGCCGUUCUGUGUCAUUGACAUUAUCGUACUCAUCGCCUCUGUUGCCGUGGUGUCCGCCGGUAGCCAGGGUAACAUCUUUGCCACCUCUGCGCUACGUAGCCUUCGUUUCCUUCAGAUCCUGCGCAUGGUGCGCAUGGACCGCAGGGGAGGGACCUGGAAGCUGCUGGGAUCUGUAGUUUAUGCACAUAGUAAGGAGCUGGUGACUGCCUGGUAUAUUGGGUUCCUGGUGCUCAUCUUCUCCUCCUUCUUGGUCUAUCUGGUGGAAAAAGAAUUCAACAAGGAGUUUGCCACCUAUGCCGACGCUCUGUGGUGGGGCACGAUCACCCUUACAACCAUCGGCUACGGUGACAAGACCCCGCAGACGUGGACUGGGCGGUUAUUAUCAGCAGGUUUUGCUCUGCUGGGGAUCUCCUUCUUUGCCCUGCCAGCUGGCAUCCUAGGGUCAGGUUUUGCCCUGAAAGUGCAAGAGCAGCAUCGACAGAAGCACUUUGAAAAGAGAAGGAACCCAGCUGCCAGCCUCAUCCAGUGUGUCUGGCGUAGUUAUGCUGCUGAUGAGAACUCGGUUUCCAUUGCUACCUGGAAGCCUCAUUUGAAGGCGUUGCAUACCUGCAGCCCCGCCAAGAAAGAGCAGGGCGAGACUACUUACAGUAAGGGUCUAAGUAAUGGGAGGCUCUUCAGAAGGUAUACUCGGAAAUAUAGGAGUCAGAAGUUGAGUUUUAAGGAGCGCGUCCGGAUGGCCAGUCCUCGUGGACAGAGCAUGAAGAGCAGGCAGACAUCUAUCAACGACCGUCAACGCUGUUCCCCUGGCAAUGAGGUGGUGGGAGGUGCUGAGCUGAUGGGCGGGAGCCCGGCGAAGGUUCAGAAGAGCUGGAGCUUCAACGAUCGGACCCGGUUCAGGCCGUCACUGAGAUUAAAGAGUCAGACUCGCACUGCUGUCCCAGAUGUGGACACAGGCAUGACCGCAGAGGAUUCCUUUGAUGAGAGAGGCUGCCAUUGCGAUGUUACAGUGGAGGAUCUUUCAGCUCCCCUCAAGGCUGUCAUCAGAGCUGUCAGGAUCAUGAAGUUCCAUGUGGCAAAAAAGAAGUUUAAGGAGACAUUGCGCCCGUAUGAUGUGAAGGAUGUCAUAGAGCAGUACUCUGCAGGACACCUGGACAUGCUCUGUCGGAUUAAGAGUCUUCAAACUAGACUAGACACUGUAGUGGGUCCCCCUCCAAGGCCUGUCAGCAGCCGCGUCAAGACCUUUUCCUCUCCCUCCCUGCAUUUAUAUUACAGCCAGGCCCGGAGGAAACAGUCUUCACCGGGAGUGGCCAGUGCAGCACGCUCUGGUCCCAGCUUGAGUAGCCGACCCAGGAACAUGUCCUCUCCUGCCCUGCACUAUUAUUACAGCGACAACAGGAAGAAGCUCCCUGACUCAGGGGUGGAUCAGAUUCUUGGAAAAGGCCAAAUUCCUGUGGAUAAGAAAAUGAGGGACAAACUGCACCCAGAUGGAGAUUCUCUGGAGGGCAUGAGCAUGCUGGGACGGGUGUGUAAGGUGGAGAGACAGGUUACUUCUAUUGAAUCAAAGUUGGACUCUUUGCUGGACGUUUACCGCCAAGUCCUACAGAAAGGCUCCUCAGCACUCACCCUGUCCUCCCUGCCCCUGUUCGAGCUGGACAACCACCAGCACCACAACUCAGACUACCAGACGUCCAUCAUCGGCAGGGAUCUCCCCUCUCCCCAGGGAGGCGAUCUGGUUGGAGGUGAAGGAGAUAACAACAGGCGCUUACGCCGUUCUCUUAGCGCCAACCCGAGAGGCCUGCGGCUCAUUCUGGCACCGGCCGAUGAUGACGGUCCCCCAGACUCAGCACCUCCAUCCUACCCCCCGUCCACAGCUUCACUCUCCCCAUCACCACUGCUGCCUCCUGAUAGCCCCUACCCAACGUUGGUCACCCCCAAUUGUACCUCCAAAAGAGCACACUUCCCUGACCUGCCGCCCCCACCUUCCUCAACAGGGGGUUUUACCCUCCGGUUGCCCCCUAUGGUCCACCUCCGAUGCCCCGCUGACCCCAUCCCAGAUGAUAUGACAGGUGGAGUGGCAGAGGAUGAGGAGAGCCUGGGCCCCUCUGUUGUUGUUGGAUCCAGUGUAGAUGCUGACCAAGUAGGGGACAGUGAGGCAGGUCCUGCCCAGGAAAGGGUGCAGCUACGGGAGGAGCCUGGCUUGAAAUCUGAGGGGGUUUGGAGGAGGCACAUGAGCAUGGAGGUUAACCCCCUGCUGCUGCUCUCAUCUAGCCCAGAUGGGACGCCUUCAGGCUGGGGAGGUAGUCUUGGAAAAUCGCUCUCUGUGCACAAUCUCAGCCAGCCUUCGACCAACCAGGCUCCCGGUCUCUCCUCAGCACUCAACAACAGCAGCAGCAGCAACAGUAGCGAACGUGGCAAUGCCCACGGUGACCUUAGCAACUGGGAUGGAGCAGAACUCUUCAUUAGUGAGUGCAAACUAGAGCCAGCAGAUGAACAUUUUGACUUCCUGUCCCAGGGACCUGGUGACCCCUCAGACCUUCUACAGUCUGUGGAGGAGGCUGCGCCUCACACCAAGGGAAACUCAGAGUUUCUCAGUCAGCCUCCACACAUACAGCUGGCAUAACCACACAUACACGCUCACAUACUGUAUGUACAAACCAUUGUUGGGAAAGCCACUUUUUAAGUAUUUUUACAGGACACUAUACAGAUUAUGUUGCAAAUGUCCAAUCAAUGCCUUGUAUAUGGACAUACAAUGUUUUUAGAUUUUGUCUAACAUGAUGAAGUCCACUUUCAUACAGGUUUUAUUAUGAUAUAUAAUUUCUAUGGUGUACUAAAACUACUAAAAAAGAAAAGAAAAAGAAAGUAUAAUGACGUAUAAAAUAUGUAUGAAGGUGGGCAUAUUCAUAUAAGACAAAAUACACAAACAAUACACAAAUAACCUUCCUUUAAGAGAAUUUGCUUUGGUCUUUGUCUAAAGAUAUUCAGAUUUGUUUAUACAAAAAAGGUCAUUUUUAAAUAUCAUAUAUUAAUACAAUAGGUUUGUUUGAAAUGAAGAACAAGGAAAGAAUGUUAACAAGAUAUCUGAGCCUGCAAUCUGACACCUUCUUAAUAGACAUCAGAGUGUAGAAGCAAAUCAAACAAUUUAGUUCAUCACAAAAAUAACUGUUAGCUUUCUUUUCAAGGUAAUUUCCAGCAGUCCAACAGUUAAGUAACUUAGUCAGAACCUAAACCCACACCAAAGACCCAAGUUUGGGCUCAUCACUGAAAUAAGCAGGAGUGUAACUUUUUAUUGUAGAAAUGAAAAGGUAUUGAUAUUGGCUCUUUUGACUUGUGCCAAACUCAACAAAUAAAUGUGUGAAUAAAAUCAGAAGAGAAGUAGUUACAAGCUUCAAAAGUCACGUGUUGUUGAACCUCAAACCAGCCACUGGAAACUAUAGGUCAACCACUUCUUAACAUGUGGUGAAACCAGUACAAACAGGUACAUACACACUCUUUCACACACAAAGAAACACACUGACACAUACAACUGCCACAAUCACCGUGUACUUUGGGGAGAGUCACUCACUCUCCUUAUUCAAUGUCUGUCUUUGGCAAUGUACAAUGUCAUCUUUUACUUAUGCUUUCAUAUAUAUCACUGCAUGGACUGUUUCCAAAAAAAAAUAAUGAAAGGAGAAUAAUGGGUGAGGCCUGGUGUAAUUGGAAUAGCUAUAGAGUUAUGAAAAAAAAGUUAAAGGUCAAAUCCUUAGCAUGUACCAUCUACAACCACAGAAACAAUAGUUAAACCUACUACAAGGAGUUUGUAACCUGUCAUGAAACAGUCUAAAUUUCAUACUGAUGCCUCUAUAUUACCUACACAAGAAAACAAGACCAUCAGCAAGAAAAUUGGCCAUUUCGAUAUGAUUAUUCUUUAUGCCUGCCACCAGGUUAGAUUCAGUCUUGUUCCCCUUGAAAUAAAUGAAACAAGACUGUGGAAACACUACCACUUCUGUCCACAGGGGCUGCCAGAAUCAACACAAAAUGAAAGUUUCUUGUUGCUGCUUUAAUCUUUAUAUGAUUGCUUAGUUUCAUCAACAAGUUGUCAGUGAGUUUGGAUGCAGAAAAACCUAUUGGAAAAAUGGCCUUUCAGCAAUCGUUCAACACAAGUGUCCCACUCUUUGUAUAGGUUGAUGGUUAAAGGUCUGAAUGCUGAAUCGCAGUAGGCUUGUCCAGCCAAGCAUGAGAUGCUGCAUGCCUAAGCUGUUGCAAUACUUAAAGUCAAGAGUAGUCACACACUUAAUGGUGGCCUGGAUGUCCUUCUGCAUGUUAAAGUAAUGUUUCCUCCAAACCUUUAACAAAAAGGAAGUAAUCUAAUUUGAACUAAUUUCAAAGUACUUAUAUACUUACUAUAAACUUUUAUGACAAAUAUAAUUCGGUCAUUUAAUGAUUUUUUGACAAACCUAUCUUUUCACUGGGUGCUGGUUGCACCAUGUGUAUUAAUAAUGAUUGAAGGCUGCUGGACUGACCUUAUUCCCAACCCUAGGUGUAGUGUGGUGUUACAGGGUGAAAUGUGCAAUGCAUAGACUCCAUUUAUAACAUAGCAGAUUAGCUUAAAUUCACCCGAGGAACCCAUAAUAACGAGAUACUGUACAUGCACUGUUGUAUGCAUGUUCUUACUUUAUCUAUGUGUCCAUUCUGCUGUUGACACUGUCAAAAAUAUAACAUGUUCACGUAAUUAAAUAGGAGAGAGAGGGAAAAAGAUGACAAAAGAGUGUCCUGUAAUCUCAAAACAAAAGCCUAAUUGAUAUUUUCUGUGACUUUCAGCAUUCAGCUGAUGCUCCUAUCCAGAGCAAUGUGCUUCAGGAAACAUUGGCAGGAGACUAACUCAGUCUCAUCUGAGACUGAGACUAAAAUGUGUCUUAUGUUUGGCCUUUUUAACCUCUCUUGCUGCCCCCCCAAAAAUUAUGUAUAACUUACCAGGACAAUGUGCAUGCAAUUCCUCAUCACCACAUCAGUCAAAAUUACAAUAUUUAACCAUUCAUGGUUGUUGUAAUAAUCUAAAGAAUACUCAAGUGGACACAUUUAUAGUUUGGAGCAUUGAGUCCAUAUUCAGAUCAAGAAGUUAUAUGCUUUCGCUGGCAGUAUUAUAAAAAUUAGUGUGUCUCUUAAAUGACACUGUCCUAACUUGAUAGCAUUGUUUUCAUUGCCAUCCUGCUUGUAGAUGGAUUGACUGCUCUUGAAUGAUAAUUAUGCACAAAACUGUGUCAGCCAUCUUAAUUUGUGUUAGCCAUUGUGAUUUGUUUUUUGCAUGUUUACGUCUUAAAGAGUAUUCAGUCACAGCAGUCUUAAAAAUGUAUUUUAAUGUGUUAAUGACAACCUUUAUUCAUCAUUAUUUUCCAGUUAUAUUCCCUUUGUUUUGAAUGGUGAGUAAGUGCAUUGAUUAGCAAAUUAACACUCUGUAGUAGUCUAUAACAAGUAUUAUCCUCUAACGAAUGACAAUUGUAAACAGUUGUAGAUUGAUUUUGAAAUAUUCUACAGCCCAUGCAGGAGUUGUUGUGGUAUGAUGACAUGUAUUAUCGUAAUGAAAGCACAGUUGUUAAUGGUGAGUUUGAGGAGCCUGAAAAUGUGACAUGGUAGUUUAAUGCUUAAUAUUGGAAUAUAUUUGUAGUUAUUGAUUGAGUUUUUCUACAUAUGAAAAGAGGCCAGUCAAAAUGGUUAAUUACUUUGGAGCAAGACAUUGAACAAAAACUGAAUAAUGAGGAAAGCCCAUGGGACAUUGGGUGGAUUAUUCCCCUCAUUAAACAUGCUAUUUUUUUGCAAUCUGUAAAUUGCUUCAGGGUGCCUUUCCUGUACAUGGAAAUUCUUUCAUUUCAUUUUUCUUCACAGGGCUAUGAAGGUCUUACCGACAACCCAUAGCAUACUGUAGUAGAAAUCACAUUGCUCAUUUUGGGUUAGGCAUCCAGUUCACUUAAGUCAUGUAGCUUUAGCCACAGACUUUAAGGCUUGGAUGGUUAAUAAUACCAUUUCUCUACUGCUUGAACAGUAAUUUAUUACACAACUGGCCUUAAAGCUUGAUAAUGUUAACAUUAUUAUUUCUUUGAAAUUAAUUUAUUAAAGUGCACAUUAUGUUCUCUGGAUGAGAAAUGCAAAAAUAAUUUUAUUAUUCAUUAAUAAAGUACAGAUUAACUAAA